AUGGAGAGCGCGGAGCACCCGCCGACGGAAGUGGAGGGCGUGAGUGACGAGUUCAUUGAGCAGUUGGAGCGGGUGCCGAAGAAGAGCUUGAAGGAGGAUAUGAGUUGUCCUAUCUGUUCGAGACCGUUUCUUGAGGACUCCCAUCCACUGGUCGUGCAGUUGCCGUGCCACAAAGACCAUAUCUUCGAUCUCGAGUGCAUACAUCCGUGGCUGAAGCUGAACCCAACGUGUCCGCUGGACCGACAGCAGAUGAUCAAGAAGAAACCGCCACCACCGCCGAAGGAUGAGGAGGAUGGCGAGUACGAUGAUAUGUUUGCAUGA